AUGAACUUCUCGGUCUUGAUCUCUAGUAUUCUCUUCCUGGUUCAGUCGGUAAAGCCACAGUUUUCCACAAAUGAAGCAGAGAGUUGGAUCUGGAAUGAGCUGAGGCAAGACCAUUGCGGAACGGUCUUAUCGAUAAUGGAACCCACUAUGCACCUGUUUAUGGGCAUCAACGGCCAUAAGACUCGGGUCAUGACUCGUCCCUGGGUGGCGCUUCUUUUCCUGCCCGACGAUAUGGAAAACUGUCGGUGCGGAGGCAGCCUCAUCACAAAACGCUUUGUCUUGACCGCUGCUCACUGCCUGGUCAUGUGUCCUCGAAAAAAUGAAAUAAAGGUUCGCUUGGGUGAGCACACCUUAUCAUCAUCAAAGGAUUGCCUUUUUGGUUUUGGAAGACAGAUUUGUUCACCACCAGUUGAGGAUUUUGAUGUUGAGAAAAUCAUAAUCCACGAGAAAUGUUCGCUGUUUAAGCAGAUUAAUGACAUUGCCCUUUUGCAACUGAGUCAGAAUGUGAUAACCCAAGUUCACAUUCGUCCGAUUUGCCUGCCUUUGACAAGCGAUCUCCGGAUGAAAACUUUUAAAUUGGGGCAGUCCUACAUUGCCAAUGGCUGGGGUACCACGGAACUAGGUGGACUGUCAGAUACGCUUUUGGAAAUGUCCUUUAGAAACUACCAGUGUCCAAGCCAGUAUAAUAACAAGAAUGUACUGUGCACCAAUGGUCGCAUUCAGGACACCUGUAAGGGCGACUCGGGCGGUCCUUUGACGUCGAAGAGUAUCUUCUUUGGCUCUGAGCGCUACGUGCAAUUCGGUAUUAUUAGCCAUGGUAACUGGGCUUGCGGCCAAGGAGCUGGAGCCUUCUUUACCACAGUUUCUCCCUAUAUGCCUUGGAUAAUCCAGAAACUAGCUAUUCAUUUGAUGCAAGACCCCAAUGAGCAGAUGCUUUUGUUUAAGAACUACGUGAUGCCCAUAAUCAGGGGUUAA